UUAAAUCAUUGACCAAUGCGCGAAGCGUAAUAUCGCAAAUGAAUAUUUAUUCUUUCGUAAUAAUUAUGAGGUACAGGUCUCAGAGGUGAUCAUCCAUCGACGGCCAAUCGAAUGACGCAUGUCCUUGUCGAAUAAUUUCAUCAAAUUCAAUACCUAAUCCGCGUUUACCGGCACUCAAUCAACGCCGCUAAAAGUGUUACCAAAUAUCUACGUACGUGAAAAACGGACUAAGAACGGUGUGAUAGUUGUUAAAAAUCAGUAAUCGAACGAAUGCGAAAGUGAAACUACGUGAAAGAACAUUGUGCCAAGUAUGACAAAGAGUUGAACCCUCUGGGAAUAAUUGUGCUUAAAAUGGGUGCGUAAACGUAAACUAUUCACCGUAAAAGAAUACUUUUUUACAUUACGCAUCUUGUAAUCUAAGAGAGUCCAACUAUGCCUACGGUAAAACAGUGGACAGUUAUAAUAGUGGGACUGACCGUCUCCCAUUUUUCAAUUGUAUUUGCUGGAGCAAAAGACACGAAUAUAUGGAAAACGCAGAGGCUUGAGAAGGAGAAUGAUGUCGGGGUGGAGCUCGUCUACGAAAAUGAUAGCGAAAGCAUGCUUCCGUUGUUGUCGAGAGAUCUGACUCUUCUGGGCCAGGCCAUUGACAUGAUAAGCAACGACGCCUGCAAGGAUCAAUGCAAGUCAAUGAUGGCGGGAAUUCACAACCUGACGUCGUGGGCCGUAAAGUUUUACGACUCGUCGGGAAAAUUUCCCGACGGAGUACUCGGAGGAUCUUUGUACCAGCUGGGAAAUUUCGACGAAUGCCUUCAGAUAGGCCUUCUCGACGACGCACCUCUGGGGGUCAACGGACAGUAUUGCCUCGGGGAGGUGGGAAUCAACGUACCUGAUCUCUACCGUAAUCGGAACGGCACCAUCUGGAAGGAUUUUGGCCCUCCGAAGGAAAGGUCCGAGGUAGUUGUAUCAAAGCUGCAUUGGGGGAUCUGCGUACCAGCGGCAUGCCAACCCCAAGACGUGGAGGAUGUGGUUCGAUCCGUUUUGGCGGUAGCCUUCAGCGGCUCUCGUUUGAAAUUGACGCCAAGGAUACCGGAGGGUUCUUGCUACAAGAGAUCGUCUGAGAGCUACAACAAUCUGGACAUUGCUUACAUAUGGUUGAUAUUCACACUGAUAUUUCUGGUAUUUGCGGGAACUGCGUUUCACCUAACGUAUCUUAUAAGGAAAGAGAAUAUACCUAAAGGUACACUGCCCGAAGCGCUCGUGGGAUUCUCUCUGAUAUUGAAUAUGAGAAAACUGAACAGUAGUGCGAAAAUGGAAGAGAUGGAUCUGAGCUGCAUCUCUGGUAUCAAGGUGAUCGCGAUGCUAAUAAUAAUCACGGGACAUUCGCUGAUAUUUAUCAUCAGCGGACCUGUAUUGAAUCUGAAAUUUUGGCAAGUUGCUGUGACAAAAGUAGAAAAUGCAAUAUUCGUCAACAGCCCUCUUUUGGUAGACACGUUCCUGCUGCUGAGUGGAUUUCUCAUCACUAUGCUCGUCCUCGAUCAACUUAACAAAGGACACUCCAUCAACUUCCUCUUCGUAUAUCUUCUACGUUACAUAAGGUUGACACCGGCGUACUUCGUCGUCGUUGGAUUCUACAUGACUUGGUUCACAAAACUGGGUUCUGGUCCGAUGUGGUCUCGAAUUUACGUGGAACAAGAAAGAUGCCUGGCGUCAUGGUGGUCCAACAUUUUGUACAUCAACAAUUACGUGAAUACUGACCAAUUGUGCAUGUUCCAAUCUUGGUACCUGUCCGUCGACACGCAGCUCUUCGUGCUUGCUCCACUGGUGAUUUAUCCCCUGCACAAAUGGCGUAGAGCUGGAGAGUUCAUUCUGGCGGGGGUUACAGCUCUGUCAGUCGUCAUACCAUUCGUUCUAACGUUAAGAAACCACUUAGAUCCGACGUUAUUGGUCUACAGCGACGAGAUGUCGGACUUGUCCCAAAAUCACUUUUUCGCAACAAGCUACAUCAAAACCCACACGAGGGCGAGCUCGUACUGCUUUGGAUUAGUUUUCGGAUACAUAGUCCACCGAAUACGACUAUCAGAUUACAAGCUGUCAUCGACGACAGUAAGAAUCGGAUGGCUGUUCGCCAGUUUAUCUCUCAUAGGCUCCAUGUUCACAAUAGUCGUUUUCUACGGACCUCGGAAAAACUUCAUGCCAAUCGAAGCUGCAUUCUACGCGUCAUUGCACAGAGUCUUCUGGAGUCUGGGUACAGGAUGGAUUAUCUUAGCCUGCGUUACUAAAAAUGGAGGUGUCAUGGCGAAGAUACUCCAGUGGAAGCCAUUUUUACUUCUCAGUCGUUUGACUUAUUGCGCUUACCUGAUGAAUGGAAUAGUCGUAUUAAGCAGCGUUGCUUCAACUCGGAGCCCACAGUACCUCGAUUUCUUUGCUUUGAUUCAACAAUGCACAGCCCAUUGGGUGGUCACAUUCUUCGGUGCUUUGGUGUUAUCCAUGACGUGCGAAUCCCCAAUACUUAGACUGGAAAAACUCUUCCUGCCACGAGGGAGACAAAAGGCAAAUACCGAUAGGAAAAAUGAGAGCCAAGAUACCAAUACUACCGACGCCUGAUAUGAAAUAAAACCGUACUUUUAAAGAG